AUGGAGCUCUCGAACUCGGAAAGAAACCCACAGGCGCCGUUGCGCUUGCUAUCGUUAGACGGAGGAGGAGUAAGAGGAUUAUCAUCGUUGAUGGUCCUUGACGACCUGAUGGAGAACAUAGCACUCGAAGAGAAGCGAAUAGGUCGGCGAGCACAGAACAACCACGAUCCUCUGAAACCGUGCGACUACUUCGAUCUCAUCGGUGGCACAUCUACUGGCGGCAUAAUUGCCAUUCUUCUGUCACGGCUACGCCUAGAUUGCAAGCAGUGCAUAAGUAUCUAUACAAAGUUGGCUGAGAAAAUCUUCAAACAUGACCGGUCGUUCAAGGCUUUUGGCAUGAAAGUUCCAACUGGCGCUACUCGUUUCUCAGGCGUUGUGCUGGCGAAUGCCAUCAAGUCAGCCUUGAAGGAUCUGGGAUACAAUGAGAAUGAGCUCAUGUGGGAUGAAGCACUCUUUGAAGAAGUUGAAGAAGCCAAUGACCUUCCAAGAGAUAGCAUAUGGGCGGAUCAAGCACCCGACGUCUUGAUUUCCGAGAGCCCAGUGGCUACCAUCAAAGCCGCCGAGGGCGCGUUGGCUUCUGGACCACCAGGACAAGCACAGAACGCUGUCAACGCAUCGCGAGCUGCGUCAACGUUAUACAGCGAUAGUCCUUUCUCUCCAAAGAGAAUGCCGUCCCGGAGCGAUACCUGGAAGCUGCAUCCAAGGCAAUCGGUCCACAGGAAAGCAAACGCGAAAGGCUGUCGCGGCUUUGUACUUACAUCUCUCAAGAACGCUCUCGGACUGCCAAGGAUACUCUCAACUUACGAUCCGAAUGACCGGACGACGCGGAUUUGGGAAGCUCUAAGGGCUACUUCUGCAGCCCCGACGUUCUUCGAAGAGAUGCAAUUCGGCACUCCUAAAGUCACUUACCUCGACGGUGGUGUAGGCUUCAACAACCCAUGCGCGGAAGUUGACUACGCUGCAAAAGCCCUUUGGGAAGGGCGUUCGAUUGGAGUCAUAGUUUCAGUCGGCACUGGUCUCCAAAGCAUACCCAGCGUCAAGAAGAUGGCUUCAUGGCUACCGUUCGGUCUCGGAACUGACAUUUCUUUGGCCUCUGCUUUAGCAGGCAUGGCCACCAGCACCGCACGAGUUGAUAAUGAAAUGAAGCGUAUGUACAACAAUUCGGACACCAAAUACUACCGCUUCGACGUCGACCGCGGCCUCGCAAACGUCAGUCUCGAGCAGUGGAUGAAGGAAGAUGAAAUGGCUUCGCUCACAGAACAAUACAUGCGCGACGGGCAGCAAAUCCGCAACGCAAAGGAGUUCGGCGAGAUCAUGGCGAAGCUCUCCGCCCUACCACCAAAAUUCGAAAUCGGAGCUACGCACUUCCGCCUAGGUAUCGACGGCCGCGGCCUCAUAGACCAAUCUUUCCAACUCAUCAAUGUCGAUUUCAAAACUGGCAUGCCGCUAGGCGUCGUCUCUCAACUCUCAGACCUCCCCCGCAUGUCACAGUUCCGCACUUCAUCUCCUAGUGGGGAGGGUGGACUGACAGUAGAUGAAGAUGGCCGUUUGAAGAAAGUUUACCCUGUAGCAGAGGACCUCGACCACGAUGGGCGAAGAGAAGAAGCAGCAGUCUACCAAUGCGUCUGCGCCGACAACGUCUGCCUGAGAACGAUCAAGAGCGGCAUACCACAAGGUAAAUACAAGGUCCAGUUUAUCGUCGCUUUCCACAAUACCACUGCGUCCAACUCUCCGCCUCACGACCUUGUCUUUAGCGUGGGUAAGCCAUUCGACCCAACUACGUUCAAGAGUCGUUUUGUGGAUGCAAGGAUUACACCGGACGUUGUACCCGUCCUACUACAUCCUGAUGCAGUGAGAGUCCGUGUAGGUAAGGAGCGAUAUGAAGGAAACAAGGGGAAGGGGUGGCAGGAGAUUGAAGGAGACGUGGAGGUUAGUGUGGGACUGGAUGGGGCGCUAGGUUUCAUUGUAAGUAAGAGAUAUAAGAAGGGUGUUUCUGUUGAUGGGUGGAGCUUCGGCGGUGUGAGGCUGGAGCCUGUUUUCGGAAGUGCAGGGUUGCUAGGAAGUCCGUGGAGCCUGAAGUAA